AUGCAGGCGGUAGAUAUCAAAGGUGGCAAAGGCCCAAUAUCAGCCCUUUUCUUUACCAACAUCCCGCGACCAAUUCCUGGAGUCGGGGAAGCACUCGUCAAGAUCAAAGCUUUUGGUCUCAAUCGGAUGGAUCUUGUGCAACGGGAAGGAAGGUACCCAAUGCCACCUCAAGCCGGACCGAUCCUCGGAGUGGAAUUCUCAGGUACGAUUGAGUCAUUUGGGGAUGAAUCGGCCGAAUCUGAAUUCGAAAUCGGGGACAAAGUCUUCGGACUAGCAUAUAGCGGCGCUUACGCAGAAUAUGUCGCCGUAAGUAUACGAAUGUUGAUCCGCAAGCCGGAUGAGCUUAGUUGGGAGGAAGCUGCUGGCAUUCCAGAAACAUGGCUCACUGCUAUCAAAGCACUAUUUGUGGUCGGAGGCUACCGAACUGGUCAAAGUGUCCUCUGGCACGCAGGGGCCAGUAGUGUUUCUCUCGCCGGUAUUCAGCUGGCGAUGGCUGCAGGUGCAAGAGAAGUAUAUGUCACAACCAGUACCCAGGAGAAGAUCGAUUUCUGCAAGUCAAUUGGUGCGACCGAGGGGUUUAAUUACAAAUUAGGCAGAUGGGCAGACUCGGUCCUAGCGUACACUCAAGGCCAAGGGGUGGAUAUCAUCCUCGAUUUUGUCGGUGCGGCUCACUUUAAUCAGAAUAUCGACGCUGUGGCUGUGGAUGGAUGUGUCAUUAGCCUAGGAACAAUGGGAGGAGGAGUGGUCCAAGAACCAGUUGAUCUUGGACGAAUCUUGAAAAAGCGAGUUAGAUAUGAAGGCACUACCUUGAGAGCCCGCAACGAAGACUACCAGGGAAAGCUACGAGACCGUCUCGUAGCCAUGGCCAUGCCCAGAUUUAUCGACGGCUCAUUCAAGGUUAUUGUCGAGAAGAUAUUUCACUGGGAGGACGUUCAAAAGGCUCAAGAAUUGUUGGCAUCCAACACGACCAAAGGGAAAAUCAUCUGCACGAUAUCCUAG